CCCUCCGCUCUCUCCACCCUCCCUCUCCCUGUGAGUUGGAAACAUGCUGCAAGCCGAGAGACAAGGCAGAGGCUGACAGACAUAACGCUCACACACAAACACACGCUCGGAGGCACUUUCAGCCAACAUGGGCCAGUUAUUGACCUGGAUCCGGGGCCCACGGGACGGCCAGGCCCUGCAGGAUGUGGCCGUGGAGGAGCAGUCGCAGCCUAGCCGGGACACACCCAAACUGGCCGCCCAGGUCUCCACUGGGAAGCCUGCACAGUUUGAGAAGGCAGCGUCAGGAUCCGCAAUGCCUGGGGUUACCACAGCAACGGGUGGAGCCACUCGUAGUGGCAUGACGGCGGGAGGAAGUGCUUCAGUUGGGACAGCAGGAAAAGCCAAAGCAGAGACUAACACUAUGGCAGCUACUGUUAUUGACAUGUCGUCCGCUGGGUCUACCUUUGUUGACCUGACAUCAGCUGGGGCGAGGGCUGCUCCUAAAGAGAUGCCUAAGACUGCUGCCGUCUCCCAAGUCAAAGCUACGGUUCCCUUUCCUGCCGCUGGCCUCACUGCAGUGACCAAACCUAAAGAGUCUCCCAAAGGCUCAGCUAAGAGUGCAACUGCUACCACAACAGUCAAGGCCGAGGUGCCUAAAGUUGAUACGGCUAGACCAUCAAAGCCAACUGCAACGGCUGGAAAUGUGUCUGUGCAGGGGAAGAAAGAAGUGACAGAAAUUAAGGUGCAGGUGGAGAUUCCUCCGGCACCAGCUAAAGGAGCCAAAGAGGUUGAUCCAUUCGAUGCCCUGGCCAACAUACUGCCAUCAGUUGGUCCUGCACCCGUCCUGCCUGUAUACACAGGGCCAGAGGUCGUGGAGCAUAACGUCAUCUCCGAGACGGGUCUGAAAUGCGGAGAAAGAGACAGCACGCUGCCUCCAGGCUACAGAUUUGAUGAUAUGCAUCCAGUUCCUGCAGAUGACAAGCCAAAGGAUGUUCCUAAACCACUGAGCACGGACGAGGCCCUGGACUCUCUUUCAUUUGGAUUUGCGUCAGCCGCUCCAGCUGCACCCAAGAAGCAAGAGGUCAGAACGACUGAAAAUAGUUUCUGUAAAAAUCAACAAAUCAAUCAAAUUGAAUUUCUCAUCAUACAUGGAAAUAACUUUGUCAGGUUUAUUAUUAUCAUCAAUGGUUUGGGGAUGUUAUAA